AUGGUGCAGACACCGCUGCUUGCGCUGCCUUUGGUUUCGUGGCUUGCUGGGCCGCAGAUUCAGCUAGGGAACACGACACUUUAUGGAAGGAAUCUGAGUGAUUCGGGACUAGAGUUCUACGGAGGUAUACCGUAUGCUGAGCCACCUUUGGGUGAUCUUCGUCUGAGGCCACCAGUGCCGAAGGCUCUCGAUGUCCCCUCGUUUGAUGCCAGUGACUUCGGGCUUAUGUGCUACCAACGGGACCUACCUGCUGAAGUGAUGUCGGAAGACUGCCUCACCAUCAAUGUUCUGCGGCCGGCGGGGAUUUCAAGUGACGCAUCUUUGCCUGUCAUGGCUUGGGUUCACGGAGGAGGUUUCGAUCAGGGAAGCGCUAGCGAAUACAACGGAACAGCUAUAGUCGCGCAAAGUGUUGCUCGGGGGACGCCUGUAAUCUACGUGAAUUUCAACUAUCGAUUGGGACCUUUGGGAUUCCCCCAAGGACGCGAGGCAGCUGAGAAGCGCGCACUGAACGUCGGCCUGAGGGAUAUGGUUCUGGCUCUCAACUGGAUUCAGGACAACAUCGGCGUGUUCGGCGGUGACAAAGCGAAGGUCACUGUCUUCGGCGAAAGUGCGGGCGCAAUCGCGCUAGGGACGCUCAUGCUAGGAGACACCCUUGAUGGCCUCGCUCGCGCCGCCAUUUUCCAAUCAGGAUCAGCAGCCUCGACGAUCUCCGUGGACACGCUCGAUCGUGAAGCCGACUGGCACCACUUUGUCACCGCUAUCCCCGCGUGCUCGAUGACCGCCUGGACGCGAGAUACAUUCAGUUGUAUACGUGCGGCAGACACGAGCUCGCUCCUCCCCGCAGUCGUUGCCCCGCUGGCAUUGUCGAAGCAGAUAUUCCCUUGGGACAACACUAUCGACGGGCCUGGUGGUUUCCUCCCUGAUCUACCUUCGAGGCUUUGGGAGCGAGGCUUGUUCGCGAAAAUACCCUUCAUUUCGGGCAACAACCUUGAUGAAGGCACCCUACUCACGCAUCCAUGGGUCAACUCGACUGAAAUGCUUCGCGAGACUUUGAUCGCCAACUACACACCUGCCUUGAUGGGCGAACGCGCGCUCAACGAAUCGGUAGAGCGUCUCUUGGAGCUCUACCCAGACGUCCCUGCUCUUGGAUCGCCUUUCCGCACUGGUAACGAGACCUUUGGAUUGAGUAGCCACUUCAAACGAGGAUGCGCCAUAUUGGGUGACACUAUCUUCCAUGCACAAAGACGGAAGUUCUCUGCAGUCGCCAACCGCUUUGGCGUGAAAAACUGGGGUUACCUGUUUUCUGACCCACCUACAACGGGCCCAGCAUUCCAAGGAGUGGCACAUCUGGCUGAACUCCCAUACAUCUUCGGCACGAUCGACACCCCGUCAUAUGCGAAAGAGCUGAGUAGCCUGAUGAUCGAUUACUGGGUUUCCUUCGCCACUAGCCUUGACCCGAAUGAUGGCAAAGGCCUACGACGCCCAGUCUGGCCCGAGCUUACUCGUAGGAACCAAGUGUUGAUUGAAUUCAUUGGGAACAACACCGGUGUUAUCCCAGAUAACUACCGGGCGGAGCAAAUCGACUUCAUCAUGGGCAACCUCCCCGUCUUCCAAGCCCGCUAA